UUACCACAGUCAGCCUCCCCUCAAUCGCCAUAUUGGGUACUGAAAAGGUUUGUCUGUUGUUUCUUCUCUCUUACUACGAGACGAAAUUGACAGGAGUGGCUUCAGUUACUGCACUUUGUUUUGAUGGUCUGUCGAGACUACUUUUGCUCGCAUUGCCACAUUGGAAGUUAGCUUUUCUAUACAGACCUAUGCAUGCGUUUGUGUUGAUAAGCCGUUUUACUCUUGUUUUGGAUCGCGGUGAGCAAGGAGGAAAUACGCAUUUUUAAGUGUUCUAUUUGGACGUUCUUUGAUUCUCGGAAAAUGUCAAAUGUUCGUGUUUCAAAUGGGAGCCCUACGUUUGAAAGGACCGAUGCUCGGUUUUCGGAUCACCCCAAACCGUCAGCCUGCAGAAACCUUUUCGGCCGGGUUGAUCACGAAGAGUUAAAGAGGGAUUUAAAGGGACAUUUGCUAGAGAUGGAAGAGGCGUCUUCAGCGAAAUGGAACUUCGAUUUUUCAAGUCACACACCGUUAUUGAACGGGAGAUUCGAAUGGGAAUUAGUGGAUAGUAAAGACAUUCCACAUUUCUACAGCAAAACUCAACGAUCGGUUAAGGGCCUUUGCCCCUCUGGGAAUAACAAUGUGGAUCUUAAUGGGAAUAGUUGUGUGGUGGUGACUCCUCGGCAGCCCUCUGAAAACACAGAAAGGUCGGAGAGCAAAGAGCAGUGCACCGGGCAGAGAAAAAGACCAGCCAGCCAUGACCCCUCGUCCCAAAAUAAAAGGUCACACAGCAGUUCGGAUGAAGUUACUCGUUGCCCAGCCUUGGCGCAUUCUGUAGAACAUACACCCAGGAAAACCAGUCCCAGGACUCAAACGUGAAGAUGACAAAGAGCUGAAGAUGUAUUUCCCCUUUUGUCAUCGAAAGCCUCAGUGUUGGUUGAUUUUGAAGAGGAACUACAAAGAAAAUGAAACAUAUCAAUUCUCCCAGAGGAUGGAGAUGCUGUGCAAGCACUGAAUAUAAACACUAAAGUUUUGGCACUCAUAAAAUUACUGCCUCUAAAAGCGGUCAAUGUAGCAGUGUGCAAUUAGGUUUUAUUUCCUUUUUUGCUCAUUUUUUUUUUUUUACUACCUGUGUAUAUAUUUCUUUUCAUAUGUAGCACAUAAAACGAAUUAUGAUUUGGAAAAACAUCCGUUAGGUAAAAGGCGUGAAUUUGACUUGAAGAAUUGCAGUGUAGUUUUGUUUUCAAAAUGCUGUGUAUCUUAAGGCAGUGAGUGUAACCUGUUUAAGUAUAAUAAAUCCUGCUCCAUUUAAAUGAUUAUGGAUUAAAUAAUUGUUCCUCAUCAAUAUAGAUCUUCAUAGGUCAUCCCUGUAUGUAAGGAGAGAAGGACGGUACUUAAUUUGUAGCCUUGUAUUUCUUUUUUUUUCAGGUCAUUUAAGUGUCACUCAACCUGGGUUCUCAGCCACCCCACAAACAAUUUCUGUUAUGACCAAAACAUUGAUGUGAAGUCAGCCAAGAUUUUUUGUAUUUUGUUGAGAGAUAAAAAUCUGUAGGCCUAUAUCUGUAACUUAGGCAAAAUUCUGGAAUAUCAAUUUCUUUAACAAGUGUUCCUCAUCGUUUUUGAAAGUCUAGCCAAUUGUGUUUUUCUGAAGUUGUGUGAGGUUAUCAUUUGCUGAAGGAUAGUCUGUUAACUGUACUGGUAGUAUGAAUCAACUUCAUCCUCUCCCUGACAUGCUCAAAUAUGUCUUUAUUAAUUUAACGGUUAUUUUACUUUUUAAUGAGGUGUUUCCAUAUGGCUGGAAUAAUGCCCUACAAUACCAAAUACAUGGUUGCUUAAAUAUGGCUGUGUCGACGCUUUCACUUACCAUCAGGUUGCCUUGACAUAGUACUCCUGUGUGAUUUAAGAAAGAUAAUAUAAUUUGUUCAUAUCCCCCUUCUUCUCCCUGACAUUGUUAGGCUGCUGAUCAUGCAAAUGUAGCUUCGAAAAUAACUUUUAUUUCACCCAGUUACAAUUGACCUUUGUUCAGAGUCUAAGAAUUGUCACAAAAAAAAAAAAGCAGUCACUCUACCUGUGUAUUUCGUGUAAAUCUUUGAAGUGUACAUAACUGUGUAAAAACACUGAGAAAUUAUACUAACUUAUUUAUGUCAGGCUUUUUUUUAAUGUAGAAUAAAAUGUGUUUUUGAUUACGGUUAUCCAAAGUGGCAUUUACAUUAUACAAAUUAUUUUUUUGUAAAAGCAUAUUUUUGCUAGUUUUUAUUUUAUCAAAUAAGGUUGCAACCUGAGCCUGAUAAAAAUAUUUGAUGUGCAUUUUGUAUUGUGUGGUUAUAAGAUAUGUUGCAAUCAAUUAAAGCUGAGAAAUUACAUCUA